AUGAGACUUCCCGUCCCUCAAACGCGCCCCUUGCCUUGCGGGGGGAAGUACCCGGGACAGAACGAAAGCAGCACUUCCUUCCUAGCACUUGAAGCCGUGCGCCCGAGGCCGCCGUUUUGGAGGAGGGUGGCACCUUGCACUGACUCCGCGGCCGCCAUCUCUGACCCCUGCUGGGCAUCAGUAAACAGGGGAAUUCUGAUUUGUGAUGAAUGCUGCAGUGUGCAUCGGAGUCUAGGACGUCAUAUCUCCCAAGUGAGGCAUCUUAAACACACGCCAUGGCCUCCAACAUUGUUGCAGAUGGUUGAAACACUGUAUAACAAUGGUGCUAAUUCCAUAUGGGAACAUUCUUUGCUGGACCCUGCAUCUGUUAUGAGUGGAAGGCGCAAAGCUAACCCACAGGAUAAAGUGCAUCCCAACAAAGCAGAAUUCAUUAGAGCUAAAUAUCAAAUGUUGGCAUUUGUUCAUCGUUUGCCAUGCCGAGAAGAUGACAGUGUUACUGCCAAAGACCUUAGUAAGCAACUCCAUUCCAGUGUGAGGACAGGGAAUCUGGAGACGUGUUUGAGAUUACUCUCCUUAGGCGCUCAGGCCAACUUUUUUCAUCCUGAGAAAGGAAACUCCCCACUUCAUGUUGCUGCCAAAGCAGGACAGAUUCUACAGGCAGAGUUGUUGGCUGUCUACGGUGCUGACCCUGGAACACAAGACUCAAAUGGAAAAACUCCAGUUGACUAUGCAAAACAAGGAGGCCACCAUGAAUUGGCAGAGCGCCUUGUAGAAAUACAGUAUGAACUUACUGAUAGGCUAGCAUUCUAUCUCUGUGGCAGGAAACCAGAUCACAAAAAUGGACAACAUUUUAUUAUACCUCAAAUGGCAGACAGCAGUCUAGAUUUGUCUGAAUUGGCAAAAGCAGCUAAGAAGAAGCUUCAGUCUUUAAGUAACCAUUUGUUUGAAGAACUUGCCAUGGACGUAUAUGAUGAAGUUGACAGGAGGGAAACAGAUGCAGUUUGGCUUGCUACUCAGAACCACAGUACACUGGUAACUGAGACAACACUUGUCCCUUUUCUUCCUGUAAAUCCUGAAUAUUCCUCAACACGGAAUCAGGGAAGACAGAAACUAGCUCGGUUUAAUGCCCAUGAAUUUGCUACACUAGUUAUAGAUAUUCUGAGUGAUGCCAAAAAAAGACAGCAAGGGAAUCCUGUCACUGGCUCUAAAGACAAUGUGGAACUGAUUUUGAAAGCUAUCACCAGCCAGCAUAGUAGUGAGAGUCAAGAUAAUGACCAGCCAGAUUAUGACAGUGUUGCGUCCGAUGAAGAUAUAGACCUGGAAGCAAAUGCAGCAAGAGCAAACAGAAAGAAGAGCCUGGAUUCAGACUUGUCAGAUGGAUCAAUCACAGCCCAAGAAUAUAUGCAAGUUAAAAAUGCUUUGGUGGCUUCUGAGGUAAAGAUACAGCAGUUAAUGAAAGUGAACAUCAACUUGAGUGAUGAACUGAGAAUCAUGCAGAAAAAGCUUCAAACACUACAGAGUGAAAAUACGAACCUCAGAAGACAGGCCACAACCAAUAUAUAUCAGGUCCAAACUGGUUCUGAAUACACAGACCCCAACAAUCAUUCUUCUUUAAAGCGCCGACCAUCUGCACGAGGUAGCAGACCUAUGUCCAUGUACGAGACUGGAUCGGGUCAGAAACCCUACCUCCCAAUGGGAGAAGUCCCAUAUCCAGAAGAGAGCAUAACAAGACUGCAGCCUUUCCCUCCACAUGCACCGAAGUUAGAGAAGCAGAAUAGCAUGCCUGAAAGUGACUAUGACAACCCCACUCCCAGUUCGGAGCUGGAUGAGACGGGGCCUGGUAAGAAAGGAAGGCAGAGAAGUAUCAUUUGGCAGGGGGAAGGGUCUAUCCCCGAGAACUCAGACCUAGAUGCAACCCCAAGUUCCACUUUGCCCAGUACAGAAGAUGUUAUACGAAAAACGGAACAGAUCACUAAAAAUAUCCAAGAGCUGCUGCGAGCAGCGCAAGAGAAUAAGCACGACAGUUAUAUACCAUGCUCGGAAAGAAUACAUGUGGCAGUAACAGAAAUGGCAGCCUUGUUCCCAAAAAAACCUAAAUCUGAGCUGGUAAGAACAUCGCUACGCCUGCUGACUUCUAGUGCCUACAGACUCCUGUCUGAAUGCAAAAAAACCCUGCCCAUAGAAACCUGCCCUACCACGGACAUCCAGCUGGUCACUCAGCAAGUGAUUCAGUGUGCAUAUGACAUUGCCAAGGCUGCUAAACAACUGGUCACCAUCACAACCAAAGAGAAUAAUAACUGAGUCUGGGGUGGGGUAGGAUGGAAGUUUGGGGUUUUUAGAGAUUGGAGUUUAAAUUUAGACACGUAACUUUUCAGAUUUGUACCAGACAGCUAAGGGGGCAAGUUGAACUUUUUUAAACUCAGUAUUAUUUUUGCAUGUUUUCUAACAGAACUUUCAAAGAUUAAUUUAACCUACUGCCUUAUUUUUGUGCCUGUUGCCAGUUUAAUUACAGAAUAUAGUGUAUGUUGCAAACAGCUAUGGAGCCAUAUCUCACCAACAUUGUAUCAGAGGUUCUUAGCAGAGAUUCCUUAGAGCUCUAUUCUGCUUUCAGAUAUUGUGUGCGCAGCACAAGUGCCCUUUGAUAUGUGUAUCUGAAGUCAGAUAUGCAUAUCAAAGGGGAGAAAAGCUGCCUUUGGUCUGUACAUCCUUGAACUGCUCUGUAUGGUGAAUUCCCUUGCAUAACAAACUCUCUAAGCAGGACAAUGGACUGUGAAGGCUCCCGGGGUGUAACUGUUGAGCAGAAUGAAGUUUUAUAGUCUUUGUGAGAAUUGCAUACAAAGUUUCUAAUUUUUCCAUAUCUGCUGUUGUGCAAUAACAAAUCCUUAAUCUGCUAAAACUGUAGAAGUAGUGGGCAUCCAAACUUAUUAAUCAACUAUACAGGGUCUUUGCCACUUGAUCUGUUUUGGAAGGAAGCAUGAAAUAAGUAGUUUUUUAGUUGUCACUAUGCCACUGAUCUAUAGAUAUGAUGUUAUUUUAGAAAGGGCAUUAGUGGUUAAAACCCAUCUUUUUCCUUUCUCAGAUUAACUCAUUCUGAAGUUUUCCACAGCAUUUAUUCCUACUUCAUUGUCAUCUUUAAGGCAGUUUUAUUUCCAGCAGUAUUGUUUCAUAUCUUUUAGAUGCAGCUUUACUAAAGAGUUUUGUGAUUUCUUUACAAUGGAAGCUAAGAGGGCUAGUUCUAAAGAAGCUGUGCCUAGCACAGUACAUCAUAUCUACACAUCACCUUAUCAGAAUGUGCAAAAUACACAUUUUAUAUAGCACCUCUCAUGCAAAUGAUAUUCAGAGUUACAUUUUACCUUAGGGGUCAUCCUCAAUGCACAACUACCCAUAUACUAGUCACCUACUUCAGUGUUUUCCCCAUCUUUGUCCCAGUAUUUAUUUUCUGUUCUUGGUAAAAUUUUCAUGGGUAAAAUUUUCAAAAUAACCUAAGUUCCCAUUUUCAAAGAUAAGAUACUUGCAAAGCCCAAGUCUUACUGAAAAAGAGGUGAAACUUGAGUUGCGAAGUGCCUCUCACCUUUGAAAAUGUGGAUUUAAAACUCCUAUGUCAAGCUCUUUGAAAAAUGUUACCUCAAGCCUGCUAAAUGACCUCUUUUAUAGUCAUUUAAAGCGCUGUUCUACUUGAAAGUGAACCUGUAAAAAUGAGAUUGAGCGGUGCCAAUCUGGUUACAAGAAAUUUGUUCAUAUGUAAUUGUUUUUCUUAUCUAACAAUCAUUCCUAUAACCACCCCUGACAUCUGAAUGUAAUCUGGUCUGAUUCGUACACAAUCAUCAGUAAUAAAGAUUUGGAGGCACUCAAUGACAUCUGUAUAGUACUAAUGUUUGCAGUGAGUUAAACUGCACAGGGCAAAAUUUGGCCUUGCAAUGGGAACUUUUAAAGGGUCAUUUUUGUGACUCCCUGUAGCUGAGCUAAAAGGAAGUAGAUGAAUUAUUUUGGUUGUUGAAGUGAGACGAUAAAGACUGAAUGCAAAGAGGAAACAGAUAAGUUGUAGUUUUUAAUUUUUUUCUAACUAAAAUAACAUGUAUCAUAGCUAUUUCCCAGUGAUGCUAAACUACCAGAUAAUGACAAUAUAAGCUCUGGAUAUUAUAUGUAGUAAAACACAUAUAAAAACAUGAGGAAGUUUGAACUCUGAAGAUGUGGUUUUUCCGACAAGAUAACCACCUUCCUUUGUUAUAAAAUACUUCUACAAUUCAUCGUUUCUUCUGGAGACCCUAAAAGCCAUAGGACCACACACAUGCAGUUUGCAGUGUUAGUCUUCUCAUUGUGUUACUCUCAAGUGUGAUAAUAUAGGUAAACCGAUCAAAAGUCACCAAAUAAUGUUUUGUCUGAAUAUAUAAAUUCAUCUAUUUUUCACAUAAAUGUAUGAUUCAAAAACACUUUAUUGUCUACGGUUCUGUAAAGGAGAGUCUUCAGUAUUUGGUUUGCUAAAUCACAAUUCUUUAGGUUGUUGGGGGGGGGGGGUUGUGAUAAAAAUUUGCUGUGUUUUAGAUUAACAAACAAUAAGUAAACCUUCAGAGGGUCAUUCCUUUUAAAAUUGUGUUUGUAUGUAUAUAUAAACACUAAGUGCCAUAAUAUUGUUGAAAGCUGAUGUCAUUAACUGUCUCUAAACAAAUUGUACUAUUUGGGGUUAAAAGAAAGUAGGCAGGAUAAAAUCCUGUUGUAGUUCCAUUCAUAAAUUUAUCCUGCCCCCUUCUUCCAUAUCUAGCACUGACUCUAAGCAUCUGGAAAUGCAUUUAGACAGAGCUGUGACUUGAAUUGUAGAAAAGUAUUUUUAAAACCUUGUUGCCAAAAUUAAGCCACGUGUAAUGUAUUGUAUGAAAGAGAAUAACUUCACUUAAGAACUUUGAAUCAGCACAAUAGGAACAUGAACAUGCUAUUUGCUAGUCUCCAUUAAGACAUCACUAUAUGUGUUAUUUACAUAUCCUGUGUGAGAAGCAAAGUACUGUCAUGUCUCCUAAAAUGUUAUUUAAGGAUAUCAACUUUGUACAGCUGGUGUACAACAGUUGUAUUAUUAUGGUACUUUCUUUCAAGAAGCCCAUAGGAUAGAGGUGCACUUUAUGGAAAGGGCUCUUGGAAGGAAAGCAGACUCCAUGCCCCCAAACCUUAUUAUAAGCCCUGGGUUUGAACUCACUCAAACCUCUUCUCUCCUCCCCUGCCCUCUGUGCGUCUGUGCUACAAACUGUGCUAGCCAAGGGUUCCAGAACCGUGGGGAGGUGGAGUGAAGUUAGGACCUAGUAUUCAAGACCCAUUGCUUUGCAUUGUAGGCUCAGCCCCACUUGACUUGUUCUCUGAAUUCUGCCAAAAGUAUCUCACAGACUGACUUUCACUGUCCUCUGGACACAAGUUUGAUGGAUGGUCAAAUUUUCCCGCGCUGCACCAUGGACAAAGGGUUGGCAUAGCCACAUUCUGGAAGAUGCUAGGACUUGGGCCCACAUAAUGCAGUGUAGAUGCUGAAACCCCCAGAUGGGACCCAUCAUUCAGCCAUUCCUAUGCUGCUGAGUGAUUGGAUUGUGGUAGGCAAUAAUUUGUGAAGGGUGGCCACUUUACACAUUUUUGAAGUAGUCCUGGGCCACUCCAAAAGGGGCAGGGCCAAGAUACUUCCUGUGCUUCCCUGCCCACAAAUUCUGAUAGUGUGGGGGUGGGGGAGCACAUGGUCUUUGCCUCCCAUCACUUAGAGAAAACAGACAGCUGCCUUGAACAGCUGCCAGUUCCUUCUAGGCGCUAUGCAGCCCAUGAAAGGACAGGGAAAAAACUUCAUUUGUUCCCUCACCUCCAGGCCAGUUGGGGCGGGCAGCAUGUGAAAUCUUUGCCCUCUGCUCCCACUUUGCAAGGGGCAAAUGGUGCUUAGAUCAGUGUUUCCCAGUUGGUGCUCUGUGGAACCCUGGGGUUCCGUGAAGCGAAAGUAAGGGUUCCGUGAGAAUGUGGCACUCCCCCACCCCAUCUUAAAGACAGAGUCUAUUUUGUGGCUUUUUUUCCGCCCCUCGACCAAUUCUGGUGUGUGUUUUUGUUGUGGUGGGUUUUUUUUUUUUUUUUAAACAAAUUUUACCAUGGCAACCCUAGGGGUUGCUUGAGAUUCUUUUAAGCUGAAAAGUUCCAUGGCCAAAAAAAAUUGGGAAACACUGGCCUAGAGAAGAACCUGCAGCUGUUAUGAACAGCUGGCAAUUCCCUCUAGGCUCCACCCACCCCUGGUGUCAGGAGGAGACUUUGUGUGCUCCCCUCACCUCUGGGUCAAUCAGGACCUGGGGGGCAUGGUAGUGUGCAAAGUCUCUCACUCCCUGCUCCAUCCUGCCUGGGGUGUGCAGUGUGUAGAGUGAUCUACCAGCUGUUCUAAACAACUGGCAGUUCCCUCUGGUGCUGUGGUCCCAGGUCUUGAUUGGCCUGGGGCGGAGGGGAGGGCAGGGGAAUGGCAGGGUGGCCAUGGGCUAGAUUAAUUGGCUUGUUGUGCCAGAUCUGGCCUGCGGAGGGUGUCUUGCCCACCUCUGAUGUAGAUGCUCAGGGUACAUCUACAAUGCAGUUAAACAUCUGUGUGUGGACUGUAUCGGCUCACUCAGGCUCAUAGGACAAGGUCCCAGAACCUAGAGUUCAGCUCUAGCCCAGAUAUCUACACUGCAAUUUUGUAGCCCUGCAGAGCUGAAAAUGGCCAGUGGGGUGUUUUAUUGUACCGUAGAUAUACUCAAGCCUUAGAUUAACACCGUAGAGUCUGCUAAAUAGGGUUCUAGUCUUACACAUUAAAGAACUUGGAGUACUUUUGGUACAAAAUAUGUGGGCUUUUUCUUGUGGCUGGAUCUCAACUUUCAAAUAACUUUUUCCCUUGCACUUAAAGACAUAUAACCCUUUUUCUACAAAAAUGCUGGACAGGAAAGUGAAAAUGCCUUUUUAUGAAUUUGUAUUUCAGUGUAAUUCUGUCCAUAUAGUACUCAUGAUUUAGCCUUUAAUGUUUACUGUAUUACUAUAAAGUUAUUGUACAACCCUUUAAGUGUUAUAAAAUUGCCUGCUACUUAUGCAAUAAACAGGCUUUUAAAGUA